AUGGGGGGGCGGGGGACGUCGGCGCGGGAUGACGACGACGCGAAGGCGGCGUAUCGUAACCCCCUUCGCAAGGCGGGCCGCGACGGCGUUAACGCUCCCCCUCACAACGUCUCGUCUUCGUCGUCUUCGUCGUCGACCCUGUACGACCCGGCGAGAUUCGCCAACCUGCGCGUCUCCCCGGACGUCAAAGAACUCUUUGGAUACAUCUCUCGCUACGCCCCAAUCGACGUCGAGCCCCCGACGCCGCUCAAGCCCUUCGUCCCGGACUACGUCCCUGCGGUCGGGGACGUCGACGAGUUCAUCAAGGUGCCGCGGCCCGACGGGCUCGACGACGGUUUGGGCGUGAGGGUUCUGGACGAGCCCGGGCCGGAGCAGAGCGAUCCGGCGUCGCUGUCGUUGAAGCUGCGGAGGGCCAUCGGCGGGGGUUUGGGCGGCGACGGCGGCGCGGGGGGAGCCGGGGGAAGAGCGAGCGCGGUGGUGGGGCGCAUCGAGAGGCCGGAGAGCAAGGAGGGCGCCGCGAAGCUCGACGCGUGGAUCGAGAGCGUCAACGCGUUGCACGAGGGGGACGACAAGUCUGGAGCGCAGUUUGCGUACAGCAAGAACAUGCCGGAUAUCGAGACGGUGAUGCGGGAGUUCGACCCGGAGGUUGAGGAGGCGCUGCGCAACUCGGGGUUCCCCGAUAACUUGCCGGACAUGGACCUGAAGUCGACGAUCAAGUACAUGUGCGCCAUACUGGACAUUCCGGUGUACGAGGGACACAUGAACGAGUCGCUGCACCUGAUGUUCACCGCGUAUCUGCACCUGAAGAACAAUCCGUACCUCCGCGCCAAGGCGACGACGCCGGGCAAGGGAAAGGGCUGA